AUGAUCAGGAUGAAGAGGGCCUUUGAUACAACGUGGAAUAUUGAAGAUACAACUUUUAGCCCAAUUCAAAAUCUUCAAGAGAGAAGAAAUAUCUAUCGAAACACAACUGACAAUAGAAGAGAGAAUACUGAUAAUAGAGAGGAACAAAGAAGACCAAAAGGAGGGAAUGACAUAAUCAUACAAUUUUGGAGACUUAUUGAAAGCACAUACAAAGAAAUUAGAGAAUUUAAAAAGAAAGAUUAUGAGGAUGAAUAUAUUAUUGUUAAUAAGCUCCCAGAUGAUGAUGAGUUAGUUGAGUAUUGGCACAUUUUUCAAGAAUAUGACACUUUAUGUUUA